AUGGAGAGGAAGCGCUCUCGACGGUACCGCUACCGACAGAAGUCGUUGGGUCAGAAAAUCAAGGACUUCUUGCGACAGUUCAUCGCGUUCAUGUUCAGCAAUGUGGGCAUCAUCGGGCUCGUGGUUGGAUACACCAUCCUCGGCGCCUUCGUGUUCCAGGCGAUCGAGGGCUCGCAGGAUGACGACACGGGCCAGCGCGUGGUGCGUCUGCGCAACGAGACGGCGGCGCGCCUGUGGCAGCUCACCCUGCGCCUCAACACGCUGUCGCGCGCGCUCUGGGUGGCCAACGUGUCGCACGAGAUGCUGCUCUACCAGGAGAAGGUGGUGGAGGCCAUCAUGGACGGCUUCGACGGCACCGAGCACAGCAAGGUGCCGCAGCAGUGGUCCUUCCCCGGCGCCUUCCUCUACUCGCUCACCGUCAUCACCACCAUCGGUGAGUCGCUUGCUCCCUCCACGGCGUGGUUUGCAUUGUUGGCGACUCACCGGCAUCACCACCAUCGGUGA